UUUGUCCAACAAAUGCCAAGAAAUCUCAGCUUCCAUAGAUGUCUCCGUGUAUCAUUACGAGGAACGAACAAAGUGGGGCUGGUUUCUGUCGUGUCUGCAGAUAUCAGAAACUGCUCAGCAAAAGAUCCGCUUUAUAUUGUUCCAAGAAUAGUUUUAGAUGCUUCUGGAGGAACAUCAGGAGCAUCAUUGUCUGAAGGCAAGCCAGUGUCAAUAGCAUUUAGUGAUGAGUGGAGUCAAGAAGAUCAGGAGUACACAACUCACACUAACAUCAUUUCUGCUGUGUGGCCCACGUUGCGCCAUUCUCGAGUCAGGUGGGCAGUUCUUGAGAGCCAAGGUCCAGAUGUCAGCUCUCACUUUAUAAAUGAAGACGAGCAAAACAUGAUGGAUCCUUGUUCCUCUCUAUAUGCUGUUGCCUGUGGAGAAGUCUCUGGUCAGAAGUACAUCAAUGUGUUCUUUGGCCCACCACAUGAGCGUUCAUUGCUGGAGGAUGGUCAUCACUACUACGUGUGCAUACAUGCUGAAGCAGAAACUGUGGUGUAUGAAAAAUGGUCGGAAGUGCUGCAAGAGGUCAGUGCAUGCAGUGAUGGCAUUACCGUGGACCAGACACCGCCGCAGGAAGGUGUGGUGUAUAUUGAUGGCUUGCUGGGAGGCAUUUAUCAGUCCUCUCUGAAAACAUUGUCAGUCAGAUGGGAUGGAUUUAGUGAUGUUCAAGAGCUGGGAUUAACAUCUCAUCACUCUGGAAUCCUGCGAUAUUAUAUUGCUGUUGGUUCCACUCCUGGAGGCUGGGAUGUGCUGAAAUUCCAAGAUGUGGGUCAAGUCAACCAUGUCAUGUUGCACACUCUAAGCAUGCAAAGUGGACUCACGUACUAUGUCACUGUCAGAGCUGAGGAUAAUGUAGGACUGACUAUGGAUGGCAUAUCCUCUGGUUUUGUCAUAGACAACACUGCCCCUGAGAGGACAGAUAAACAGAUGCAGUUUCCAGACACCUUUAUCACAUCUCACAAUUCAUUCAGUGUGUGCUGGGAAGACCUGUUUGAAGAUAAUGAAAGUGGUGUGGUUAGUUUUAUUGUUUCACUUGGCUCAAGACCAGGUCAUGAUGACAUCAUGGAAGGUCAGAUUCAUACCACCACCUGUGCAGACUUCUUUCCUGAUAGGCCACUUGUGGAAGGCCAUGCAUACUAUGUAACUAUCAAGGCAAUGAAUGGAGCAGGUCUCUUCACCAGUGCUGUGUCUCGGCCGUGGGUUGUUAUGACAUCUGCACCAGCAGCUGGCCAUGUAUACGAUGGCCCACCUCCCACAGAUGGUGGCGUGGCAUUUGAUGUUGACUUCACCAGGUCACCCAGUGAUGUGGCAGCAUUCUGGCGUGGGUUUUCCACCAGCUUGUCUCCUGUAGCCACUUACUAUGUCAGACUGGGAACUUGUUCAGGAUGUGAUGACAUUGUUGGUGAAUUUGAUAUAGGCCUUUCACAGGAUUUAACAUGGGAUCACAUCUCGUUGUCUGAGGGUGUUCGCUACUAUACAACAGUAAGAGCCUGCAAUGUCAUUGAUUGGUGCACGGAGAUGGCAUCAGAUGGAAUCUUGAUUGAUAUCACACCACCAGUUGCAGGAGAUGUUUGGGAUGGUGCAGGAGAUGCUGAUAUUUGUUUCCAGUCCCAAAGAGAUUUUCUUGCUGCCAAGUGGACAGGAUUUGUAGAUGUGAGCUCAGGCCUGGUUGGCUUCACAUGGAGGUCAGGUACAAGUCCUGGUGCCGCUGAUAUCAUGGCAUCACGCAGUGUUGGUUUGGCACUUGAAGCCUUCACAUCAGAUCUCUCAACUCCACUUCCAGAAAACAGGACAAUAUACAUAACCAUCACUGCUAUGGACAGAGCAGGUAACUGGAUAGAAGUUACUUCCAAUGGCUUCAAGGUGGACACCACAGCACCAGUGGUGAAGCAGGUGCCCCAGCUGAAUGGCGGACUGGGAACUCUUGGGGGGCCGCGUCUGGUUAGUAGAGACACCUUGUCUGCCAGGUGGUCACUGGAAGAUACGGGAUCACCAGUGGCAGCACAUUUUGUCUCCAUCACCAGCCACUUACUGGGAGAGUUUGAAUCAAGCCCACUUCAGGUACCUGCACCAGUGUCAGUCUAUACGUUCACGUCACUGAGUCUCCAUGAUGGCAGCCUGUACAGAGUGAAGGUCACCACCUGUAAUGCAGCCCGACUAUGUACAACUAGUGUGUCUGAAGAGAUUUUGCAUGACAGCACCCCACCAGUUACAGGUAUGUUUGCUGUUAAGACUGACCAUGCAGCUAAUCUCACACGCCAUCUUGAUGGAUGGAUGGUUUGGUCCAGCCAGCAACUCCGGUUAGCCUGGCUUGGCUUCCUUGAUGUUCAUUCAGGACUUGACCAUUACAUCAUCAGCGUUGGAUCCUUCCCUUUUGCAAAUGACCUGAAUCUUGAAAACACAAGCAUCAAAGUGCUUCAUAAUGAAUCUGAAACAGAAUAUGAGAACGAGGGCUUUGUACAGGUGUAUGAAGUGUCCACAAAGCCAUUGAGUGCUGGGCUGAAGAUCUUUAUCAGCAUAUGGGCUGUGAACAGGGUUGGACUACAGAGUCACCCUGCCUUGUCUGAGUUUGAGCUGGAAGAAGGGGGUGGUAUGUCCCUUGUUCGUCGUUGCACCCCCUUCAACUGUCUGUCCCACUGCUCUUGCGCUGUGCAGGGGGCCACAUGUGGGGCAUCAUCAUCCUGCACCCCUAUUCCUGAAGGAAGUAAUCCUAACUCACUGCUAACUGUACAUGAUCAUACUGAUCUGACCACCCUUCUGUCACCAAGAACCUCAUCAUCACCAUCAUUAUCAGAUGAAUAUAUACCCAGCAGUUCUUAUCUGGCAGCGUCUUGGAAUGUGACUGUGCAUCAAGGAUUAAAACCAAACAGAUAUGAAGUGUCAGCUGGCAGAAGUGAUCAGGCAACACCAGCAGGUGUGUUUCAUGUUGCACAUGACCGCCUGUGGAUGGAUGUGGGUGUGGCAUCACACUCCCUCCUCACCAUUCCAUCAGGCAGUCUGCUCAUUCCGAAACUUAAAUAUUCAACAUUUGUGAGAGCUUGGUAUCCAGAUGGGAACUUUGCACUGUUUAAAUCUAAGGGUGUUAUUCCUCUUCCAAGUCGUCCAAGCAUCAUCAACUUCUUGGGCAGAGGGGUCAAAGAACAUACUCAAGCUGGGCAGGACAAGGACGUAGACUAUGUGACAAAGAUCUGAUUCUCUUCACAUAUCCUGGAGAGGAAACUUCCUCAACACUACAGCACCACUUCAGAGUUUUCAAGUCUACAUUGGGACUUCUAUUGAGGGAUAUGAUGUGCACAACUCAGGACCUUUGUCGGGUAACACAGAGUCUUACUAUGCUACUGGUCUGUCCCUGAGAGAAGUUACUUUAUACUACACCACAGUGGUUGCAGUGGGUAGCAGUGGUUUGAUGUCUUGGGAUGUUUCUGAUGGCUUCAUGCUGGAUCUUCAGCCACCUGUUGCUGGCCUUGUGUUAGAUGGAGAUGGUCUGCAUGAUACAGACUACCAGCUGUAUGACCAGUUGAUCAGCGCAAAGUGGUUUGGCUUUACUGAUUCUGGUUCUGGCAUUCGGCGAUUCUAUUGGUGUGCGUUGGCACAACCAAAGACUCGGACACAUGUAAUGUCAUGCAGUGGACAGAUGUUGGCUUGAAAACAAAGGGCAGCUUUACACCUUCAUCUCCUUUGAACCAGGGCACAAUAUUUUACAGCAAAGUCUAUGCUGUUGAUGCAGUUGGACACAGGUCAAGUGUCAGUGUGUCAGAUGGGGUGAAGGUUGAUAUAACACCCCCACGUGCUCUUGACAUAAUUUAUACAGACAACAUUAACCAUGUAAACAACCCUUCCUUUGAAGAUGAUGUCACGUCUAACACAGGACAGAUCGUGUGUGACAGCAAGCCUCCAUCUUCUUGGCA